UAAAAAAAAAUUUACUCUAACUUUUAAGAAAAGCUAAGUCUCCUGAUUUCUCUCAAGGCUUAUCUCCCUCACUCCUCAAAGAAAGUAUAAACCCUAAAUCUCCUAAAUCUCCAUAAACGAAGAUUUGGGGAGAAUAUCAAACUAAAAAUCUACUACUCAUCUCAUGACAAUGUUGGCGUGUGGUGAGGAAGACGAAACCUCGUGAUUCUUAUGAGAUUGUGCAACAAAUAGAUGGCAGUACUGUAGAUUGAGAAAAUCCUUCACAAAAAAAAACGAAAAAGAAUGGAUGAGGCCUAACAUGAAAAGAUCAAAGCUUGAAAUUGAGGUUGGAUCCACUGCAAAGGCUACCAAAUAUGGAUUCCUUCCACCAGGUGCUCUAGCAAAGGGACGAGAGCAAGGGCUAAGAUCAGUGUGCUCUUUAGGAGCGUCUGGGAAUAAGGCGGAAUCCUUCCAUCAAAAUACGUUUCGUACUGCUCAAAGUAUGCCUAAACAUUCUACUUGUGAAGGAAGUCAACGUAUGUUAAUAUCUUCUAAUGGUACAAGAUCAAAUUCUCUCAUAUCUGUUGGUGGUCGAGUGCAAGCAGCAAAGAAAAGCUCCAUAGUUCCUGAAAAAGAGCAGAUGCAAACUAAUUUUUCAUUGCCUCCAUCUACUGAUAUUCUAUUCUCUGCAUCUACAAAGAAAAACUCAUUUGUUCCUAGGAAAGAUCAGAUGCAAACUGAGACUCCAUUUCCUCCACCCACUGAUCAAGUUAUGCAAAAAGUUGAAACAUGUAUGGUUUGACAGAUUUACUUGAGA